AUGGCGAACGCCAACGACGCGCGGGAUCCACUCCCGAGCGACCUCCCGGCGUCGGCACCGGCAUUGAACGAUGUCGAGGCCGGCGCGCACGACGGAGCAGGCUCGCCCACCCCGUCUCAGACAGUGGUGGACAGGAAGAACAAGAAGGGCGGUCUCACCGAGGGUGAUGACAUGCUCGACGACUUGCCAGACAACAACCUGAUGCUGGUCAUGCCCUGCCUCGCCCUCGUUCUCUUCCUCGCGGCGCUGGACCAGACCAUCAUCGCCACGGCUCUCCCCACUAUUGCCGAGGUGUUUGAUGCCACGCCAUCCGAGUAUUCUUGGGUCGCGACUCUGGCCAUGACACUUCUGACACCUGUCAACGGUCGCGUUUCGGACAUUGUCGGCCGCAAACCUCUGCUCUAUGCCGCCAUCAUCAUCUUCACAAUCUUCUCGGCACUGUGUGGCUGUGCCAAGAGCAUGACCUGGCUCAUUACCGCCCGCGCCUUUCAAGGCCUGGGAGGCGGCUCCAUCAUCGGCCUUACCUCCAUCGUCGUGUCCGACAUUGUACCUCUGCACAAACGUGGAAAGUACCAAGGGUUCAUGGGAGCGGCAUGGGGUAUUGCUGCUGUCGUUGGCCCGAUUCUGGGAGGCGUCUUGACCCAGAAGGUUUCGUGGAGAUGGUGUUUCUACAUCAACCUCCCCACUUGCGGUGUCGCGUUCAUCCUCCUUGUUGUCACCCUCAAGCUCAACAAGCCCACCGGCGGCACCUUCCGCCAGCUGGCGCACACUUUUGACUUUAUUGGCCUGUUCCUCAUCAUGGUCUCUGGUGCCUUGCUCAUCGUGGGCUUCUCCUUUGCUGCGGACCACGGGUUUGGCGACAAGGCCGCCAUCGGCCUGAUCGUGGUUGGUGCUGUCAUGUUCGCCGGUGGCAUCAUCAACUGUCUUUAUACCAAGCGCACGGCUGUCAUUCCUGCUCGCGCAUUCAAAGUCCGCACGACGCUCUUCUUCCUCAUCGGCUCGUCCCUCCACGCCUGCGCAUUCAUUCCUUCCAACUUGCUGCUGCCCGAGUUCUUCCAGGGAGUCCGUGGCGCCGAUGCUUUGCAGAGCGGCUACCAGCUGCUCACAUAUGCGCUCGGCGUCGCAUGGUCGACUGUUAUCGCGGGACAGAUUCUCUCAAGGUGGCACAUUGUCCGGCCCAUCCCAUGGUCUGGCUACGUGGUCGCCAUUAUCGGCUACGGCGUCAUGUACGGCACGUUCAACUAUGACCUGACCUUGGCCAUGCAGUAUGGCCUGCUGAUCAUCCCCGCCGUGGGAGUGGGGUUCUCGCUCCAGACCCCGCUCGUCAUCUUACAGGCGGCCAUGCCGCUCAAGGAGAUGGCGUCGGUCACGUCUGCGUGGGUGCUCACGAGGUCGCUGGGCGGCUCGGUCGGCGUGUCCAUCUUCACGGCCAUCCUCAACACCAACAUUCGUUCGCGGUUCGCCAAGAUCCCCGGCUACGGCACCGAGUUUACCGCCCCGACAUCGUCGGCAGGGUACAAGGCCAUCCACGACUUGCCGGCCGGCGAUAUGCGCAACAGCGUCCUCGCGGCGUUUGCAGACUCGUUCAAGCCGUGCUGGCUCGUCUCGCUGGCCCUGUUCGCCGCCGCGCUGCUCAUCACCCUCCCGACGCGCGCGUACUCGCUCAACCGUCCCCGCGGUGCCGCUCUCAAGACUGCCGCUGCGGAGAAGAACGAGGCCGCGUCCGAGGAGGCCGAGACCGAGGAGGAGGAGGCAGUGAGGGCCGAAGCCGAGAAGGCAGCGGCCUACGGUGGCGGCAGCGAGAGCGCCGUGUCCGAGCUCCACACUCUCGCCAAGACCCUUACCAACACGUCGAGCCGUCGGGGCACUGAGGCCGGCGAGCCGGUGCUCGAGAAGGAGAAGCGGGUCAGUGGUGACGAUGAGCACGGUAACAACGCAGCACGGGAGACGAGCGAGAAGGCUUGA